AUGCGGGCGGCUUGUCGCGAGCGUUAUAUACCGCCACCGUCGGACGAGGCGGCCAUACCUAUCGGGUCUUUGACCCUGUGGCCAAAGUUGGCGAGCGCUCGCGAGGAUUGGGAUGAGUUUGCCUAUGCGUCGAAUGUGAGCGAGGAAGUAACUGACUUCAAGAUUCUGCGCGACGGCGUUAUUGCUAUUCACAAGCAGAGCGCGAUUGUAUUCUACGACAUUGAGACAUUGAAGCCGACGGAGCGUGGGCCAAUCACCGGCAACUAUCUUCAGUACACAGAGAAUGACGAUACCAUAGUAAUACUGGGCCAUCACUUACACCUCUUCAUAAUACGCAAAAUCAUCAAGAAUCACCGAUUAGAGACGAAUGUUACCUUUGACAACGUCAAAAUCUUUAUUCUAGUAGAUCGGGAGGUGUACUAUGUGACACUGAACAAUGAGAUUUGCGUUUGCAACCUUGAGAACUUCAUUAAUAGGGUUAUAAAUCGCUCGGAUGAUGGAGUUAUGUCGAUCGGCUUCAGCCACGGCAAGCUCCACGUGCUCACUUUCCAUCGGAACAUUUAUACGGUGAAUGGGACUGAUCUAACUUUUACCUGUGAAUUAGGCCCCGACUCUAACCUACUUCACCUGUUGUAUUACUAUAAUUUUCUCGAGACACUUGAUUGGAGAACGUACCAUCAGUGGAUGUUUGUGUUCAACCACAGGGUUUCCGAUGGACCGCUGCAAAAUAUCAUUCACGUCCGAGUAUACGGAGAAGUUGUUUUCGUUGGAUGCAACUUUGGCGUUUUGAGGAUCUACAACUCCCCAUUUACGGCUGGUGAAUUGGACAUUUACAACGCUCAUCCUACUAAACAAUACAACUUCAUGGAGCGCAAUGACUGCCCCGUUCUAUCAUUAUGUCCAGUCUUCAAGGUAGAUGUCUCAGAGUCCGAAGACGGUCACACUGUUUUUAUAGGGAUGCCGAAGAAGUUAGCAGUUCUUAAUUUUACUCACAAUUUUAAUAGAUCUGCAUCGGUAGCAAUGUUGCCAUAUAAAGAAGUA